AGUCUGCGGGAUAGUGACGGAUACUCCGGCUCCUUUCAGAGAUUCGGUUCUUUUGACUCCGGCUCUUACGGCUCCAAAGGGCUCUUCAUUUAGUCUCACUAUUUAACCUUUAUUCAGCAUCUAUGAAGAACAGACCGCUCCUCUUUUAUCCGGUGUCCAUCUUCCGAAAACGCUGCUUCCUCUCGGGUUUUUUCCUCACUUUGUCCCGCUUCAUUAGACCCUCUGUGGGUCUGUGUGAACAUGGCCUGUACCACUACACGCCCCCCUUCUCUCUACCACAUAAUGGUAUGAUCCUAGUCUGUCCUCACAUGUGAUUGGCUGCACGGUGUGCCCAUCGAAACAAAGUCCCGCCCCUGCCCCUCAACAGGAGGAGCAGGUUGAAGACUCGGUUCUUAGAGUCGGUUCUUCUCGUUGGCUACAUAGAAUCGGCUCUCAGUUCGUGAGUCUUCGGGAGUCUCCGUGGAUCUCCGUGAGUCUCCGGUUCCACCCUGACUGCAAUGGGAUGCUGCGGUAGCGCGGAGGUAAGAACCGGUACCGGGCUCCCUCUCCCCACCCCCGGUCCUCGCGCACAGAGACCCGGUGUGUGGGUGUUUGUUUCCCCGGUGCAGGGCGGCUGGUCCCGGGCAGCAGAGCCGGAUUAGAGAGGCUGUAAUCCGGUCAGCUGCUGGAGGCCUGGAGCUACUGGGAGAUAACAUGCAGACAGAAACCGUUAGCGGGAGGACAAAGAGAGAAUGGAGACCUCUGGAGGACCGGAGCUGCACCGAUUUGCCCUGGUUCCUGCUCUUCACUGUCUUCUGCGUCGGCAUGGGCAGCAUCUGCGGCUUCACCAUCGCCACCGGCGGCGCCGCUCGCCUCGUCUUCGGCUACGACAGCUACGGGAACACGUGUGGUCAACGCAACGAGCCUAUCGAGGGCGUGAGGCUGAGCGGCCUGGACCACACCGACAGGAAGUUCGUGUUCUUCCUGGACCCCUGUAACAUCGACAUCGUCCAGAGGAAGAUCCGCUCUCUGGCUCUUUGUGUGUCUCUGUGCCCCCCUGAGAAGAUGGAGUCCUACCAGGACCUGAAGCGGUUCGCCAUGCUCAACGGUUCUGAGUUGUGUUCCUAUGAGUUGGCGGGUCAUAAAUAUCCCGGUCUACCUGAGAGGUUCUCCAGAUGUCCCAAACUUCCUGUUCCACCCAGUAAGCCUCUGCCGGUGUUUAACCGCUGCACACCGGUGGAUAUUUCCUGCUAUGCGAAGUUCGCCGAGGCGGUGGUGACCUUCGUUGGGGAUCACAGCGUUCUGCACCGACUGAUUGCCGGCGUCGCCGCCAGCAAAGAGAUCAUCAUCGGGCUAUGUGUGCUGGCACUGUUCCUCUCCAUGAUCCUGAUGCUGAUCAUCCGCUACAUCUCGGCGGUCCUCGUCUGGAUCCUCACCUCGCUGGUAGUGCUGGGGUGUCUGGCGGGGACCAGCGUCCUCUGGUGGCUCUACAUUGAUCACCGUCUCUAUGGAAAUGCCACCAGCAGCCAUCUGAGGGAGGAGCUUAGAGAGGAGGGGGCGGAGCUUAGGGAUAGCGGGCAGGCACUGCUCGUCUACGCCGCCGCCGCCACCGUCUUCACUGUCAUCCUGCUGCUGCUCAUGCUGUUCAUGAGGAAGCGGGUGGCGCUGACCAUCGCUCUGUUCCACGUGGCGGGGAAGGUCUUCCUCCACCUGCCGCUGCUGGCACUGCAGCCCUUCGUCACCUUCCUCGCUCUGCUGCUCUUCUGGAGCUACUGGGUCCUCGUGCUGCUCUUCCUCGGCACCAGCGGUAACCCAGAGCCGAACGAGGAGACGGCGCUGACGGAGUUCAGGCUGACGGGCCCCCUGCAGUACCUCACCUGGUACCACGCCGUUGGCCUGAUCUGGAUCACAGAGUUCAUCCUCGCCUGCCAGCAGAUGACUGUGGCCGGAGCGGUCGUGACCUACUACUUCACCAGGGAUAAGAACCGUCUCCCGGUGACGCCGAUCCUGUCGUCGGUCCUCCGGUUGGUCCGAUAUCACCUGGGCACCGUCGCUAAGGGAGCUUUCAUUAUCACGCUGGUGAAGAUCCCCCGCCUCUUCCUCAUGUACAUCCACAAUCAGCUGAGAGGAAAGGAGAAUGCCUGUGCGCGCUGCCUGCUGAAAACCUGUAUCUGCUGUCUGUGGUGUUUAGAGAAGUGCCUCAACUAUCUCAAUCAGAAUGCAUAUGCAGCCACAGCCAUCAACAGCACCAGUUUCUGCACGUCCGCUCGCGACGCCUUCGUGAUCCUGGUGGAGAACGCGCUGCGCGUCGCAACAAUCAACGCCAUCGGAGACUUCGUGCUCUUCCUGGGGAAGGUGCUGAUCGUGACCUGCACGGCAUUCUGCGGCGUCGUGCUGCUGAACGCUCAGCGAAGUUACGCCGAGUGGCUGCUGCCGCUCGUCAUCGUGUGUCUCUUCUCCUUCCUGGUGGCUCACUGCUUCCUGUCUGUGUUCGAGAUCGUAGUGGACGUCCUGUUCCUCUGCUUUGCCAUCGACACCAAGUACAACGACGGCACGCCGGGCCGGGAGUUCUUCAUGGACAAGGCGCUGAUGGAGUUUGUGGAGAGCAGCCGGCGGUUGGAGCGAGUGGCUAAAAGUGGGCGGAGCCGUGUGAAGGAGGCGGUGUCGGGGGGGGCGGAGAUGAAGCCCAUGGCUCCGGGGACGAGCUCGGCCUGACGGCUGGGAGGCAGGACUUCCUACAGAGAGACAUUCCAGAAGUUUAUUUUUGUGUAACAUGUUUACUAUGGUUUCACUCCAGGGAAAAACGUAUUUUAAUAAGAACUGUAACAACGUAACAAGCACUUUAUAUGGAAGCAGAUUUUAAAUGUUUUAUAGAAGCGUCUCACACUUCAGUUCCUCACAGCUUCACGGCAAAGCACCUUCCUGUUUUCACCUGGACUGUGAUGUCAUUAGAGGGGCGGAGUCUGUGGACAGGAGCCUGAUUGGAGGUUGAGCUCUUUGCUGGGUCAGCUGACUCAUCAGAAUAAUUAGAGAUGAUUAGUGAUCGAGGGGCUGAGCAUCAGGAUGAUUGACAGUUGAGAUGUUGUCAUCAACUGGACCCUACUUCCUGUCCCACCUCUUCACCAUAAAGUGAUCCAGAGAAGAAGAAGGUGGGAGGGUUCAGAUGGACAGCAAUAAAACCAACUGCAUCAUGGGACAACGAGUCUUCCUGCUUCAGUUUGUUCAGGUCCAACGAUCGGGAAAGUCUCUCCGUCCUCAUCGAGCCGACUUCAGAAAUGUUUGAUGAAUAAACGCCGUUACCACGGGAGCGUUUUGCAAUUAACAACCUUUAAUCAGAUGUUAUUGUUUCCAUCUUUUCAAUGUGUGCAUAAAUACUUCAAAAUGUGUGUAUAAUUACUUUGACGGACACCGCUGGAGACAUUAGUCCCUCUGUCCUGCAGGUUAGAUUCAGACGCUCAGUCUUUGAACACUCGCACACGUCUUCAUCCGAACGGAAAAACAAACCAAUGGGAUCUGAAUAAUCAGCCGGUAAAAACUACAAUACCCCUGAGCCUCGGCUGCUGAUGCGUGUGGGACUAGGUGGCAGUACGGCGUUAGAGAACCAGUUGAAAAUCACCGAGUAGCUUUAUCUAGGACGGUGUUCAGAGGUCUGAGCAUCUUCUCCCGCUGCAUGGAGGUCCGAUGUAGCUGCGGCGUCACGUCGGAGACUCCAGGAAGACAAAUCAACCAAAUCUACUUCCUGCUCAAACACGUAGCCGUAGCUAAUGGGUUAGCCGCUGUGUUUCUGUGCUGCACAGUUAGCACGGGUUAGCUAGCUCAUGUCUUGCACCAGGAGUCACGGUGCGUUCCUGAAAACCGCUUCUUUAACAUCAUUUCCCCGGAGAGAGUUUAGGAGAGUCCUCUUUGUGUAGAUGAACUUUCAGUGAUGAAGACGAGAUGCUAACUCCUCUGGACGAGUAGUUUCCCCAGAGAGGAUGUCCUUCACCUCCUUUCACGGCUCCAUUGAAAUGUUUUUACAAGCCUUCCACUGGUGACUGAUAUUCCCGUUAACAUGCAUCGAUUAUCUGCUCCCAGUGAGCCGGGCAUCGACCCGUCAGAGCGCUCGAUGUGGACCUUUGGAUUCAGCCUCAUACGGACGGGCCAAACGCUCCUGGAACUUCAGACCGACCGUCACACACACACACACACACACACACACACACACACACACACACACACACACACACACACACACACACACACACACACACACACACACACACACACACAC